AUGCCGCGCGAUCGGCACACGACAACGGGCUACGAGCGACUCGCUCAGGCUGACCGGCUCAGCGAUGAUUCCGACGACGACGCCCUCGCCGAGUCCUCCCUCUCGCUCCAACCCGCCUCUGCUCCUCGCUUCGCGCCCAUCUCCCAGCCUCGCCACCGAUCCGGCAUGGUCAGUCCCCGUCCCAUCGCUACCAAGCCCAAGUUCCGUAAGCGGCUCGGCAGCAAUGCUGGCGUCGACCUCAAGGCCAUCAACGCUCGCCUCGAGCGUUGGGCCGACGAGAUCGCCUCGCGCUUCAAGCGUGGCAAGGGCAGGCAUCACGCUGCCGAGGAGGAACGAUUGGAAAUCCAUCACUCCGUCUUCCAGACUCCCGACGGCGUCCAUCCCAUCACCGCCGAGGCCCUGGCCGAACCGCAAGAUGGCUACAUGAACAAAGCCGAGUUUGAGGUGAUUGUGGAAAGCGUACGGUCUGCCAUCCGCCAGGAGAUUCAUCCCAGCAUGAUAUCCCAGGGGAGCUCCGGCAGUUACUUUGCCCGCAACCCGGACGGUAAGAUCGUUGGUGUCUUCAAGCCCAAGGACGAGGAGCCGUACGCCGCCGGAAAUCCCAAAUGGAACAAGUGGAUACAUCGGAAUCUGUUUCCAUGCUGCUUCGGGAGAGCAUGCCUCAUUCCCAAUCUGUCCUACGUCAGCGAAGCGGCCGCCUACGUACUAGACUGCCAGCUUCGAACCCAUCUCGUGCCGUACACCGAGGUCGUCUGGCUAUCGUCAAAGUCCUUCCACUACCCUUUCUGGGACCGGCGAGGCUUCUCCCGCAAGAAGAAGCCUCUACCUGCCAAGCCGGGCAGUUUUCAAGUUUUCCUCCGUGGUUUCAAAGAUGCCAACGUUUUCCUUCGGGAGAACCCGUGGCCGGACCAGUACUGGUCCGGCUUCAGGACCAACGAGACGCAUCGGAGCAAGAAAACACGGUGGACGGAAAACUGCCGACCCUCGACGUCGGGGACGCCCGAGGACCCGGAUCUCAGCGAGAACGAGCAGGCGAGCCCGGCAGACGAGCCGGUCGGGCCUCCCCGUUUUUCCUGGACAGAACCUCUCAAGCAGGCCUUUAGAGAAGAGCUCGAGAAGCUGGUCAUCCUGGAUUACAUCAUGAGGAACACGGACCGUGGACUCGACAACUGGAUGGUCAAGGUUGACUGGGAGGCUGGCACCGUCUCGCUCGCGUCGGAGCCAGUGCACAUGAACGUGGGCCCUGCAUCGGAACAGGACAGUGUUCGACCCGUUCAAUUGUCCCCUCUAUCCUCCCCCCCCAUGCGGGCCUCAGGUCCGUACAAGACGCAGAAACCCAUGAAUGCCUCCAGCGGGCGGACGGCGAAGAACGUGCCCCAGAUCGAGGUGGGUGCCAUCGACAACUCGCUGUCGUGGCCGUGGAAGCAUCCCGAUGCUUGGCGGAGCUUCCCCUUUGGCUGGCUCUUCCUCCCCGUCGAUCUCAUCGGCCGCCCGUUCUCUCAAAAGACGCGAGACCACUUCCUCCCACUCCUCACCUCCACCGCAUGGUGGAGCCAAACGCAGAUGGCGCUCAAGAAGGUCUUCCAGAUGGAUGAGGACUUUCAGGAUCGCAUGUUUGCAAAGCAGAUCGCAGUCAUGAAAGGCCAGGCGUGGAACGUGGUUGAGGCGCUCAAGACGCCCGACCACGGACCUCUCGAGCUCACGCGUCGGCCGAGGGUCUGCGUCUGGGACGACCUUGUCGACGUGCCCGUCGCCGUGCCCAUGCGCGUGACGUCGUCGGAGCUCCGACGGGCGCGGAACAUGCGUCCGUCGAUGGACGAGGCUGAUAUUGCCAGCUCGGCCCCUUCCAGCCACGUCCCGGUCGAGGAUCUCCUCGGCCUCGCCAACUCCCCCGUUGGCAUGCCGCACUCGGGGCGGUUCGAAACGCUCGGUCCCGGUGGGUUGGACGCGCCCCAGGCCCAGCAACACUCGACGGACAUCGGCUCCAAUGCCCAAGCGGGCGCCGAUCAGCUCGUCGCGCCGCCCAAGAUUCCAUCGGGCAUGCUGGAUCCUUCACGCGCUCUCAACGUGUACGAGCCUGACCGAAACAAUAAUCGCCAGCAGCGGCGGUACUCGUAUGCCACCACAGCCACCCGUCGCACCAGUGGCAGCAUCGCGCAGCAGCUCCACGGCGCCGACUCGCACGAUCACCACUACACCGACGACCUUGAGGGAGACCUCGGCUAUGCAGCCGCAGAGGGCCAGAUGGAUCACCAGCGCAAAGUCAUCGUCGAGCGACUCGAGGCCGUCAAGAGCAGGAACCCUGUCUUCACAUGGUGCUAG